CCAAGAUCAAGCUCCAGACAUACCUAUCGACACAACCAAGCUCUCACAUCACCAGCUCCUAAUACUCCUACAUACUACAAAACAAACCAUCUCGCCCAUCAUGUCACAAUCCCACGCCUUGUCCGACGACCAGGCAAGAGACCCGUCCAAGAAGCCCCGCGUUGCCAGCUAACACAGCUAUCCACAGGUCGGACAAGAGCUCAAGAAGAUGACGGCCUUCAUCAAACAAGAAGCCCACGAGAAAGCCCGCGAAAUCCAAAUCAAAGCCGAUGAAGAAUUCGCCAUCGAGAAGUCCAAGCUGGUCCGCCAAGAAACCUCCUCCAUCGACACAACCUACGAGAAGAAAUUCAAAGCCGCCCAGAUGUCCCAGCAGAUCACCCGUUCCACCGUUGCCAACAAGACCCGUCUCAAGGUCCUCUCUGCCCGUCAGGAGCUCCUGGAUGGCAUAUUCGAGGCGGCUGAGAAGAAGUUGGGUGAGGCUACGAAGGAUAAGAAGAAGUACACGGAGAUUCUGAAGAACCUGAUGUUAGAGGGCUUCUAUGCUUUGAAUGAGACUAAGGUGCAGAUUCGUGCGAGGAAGGCAGACUACGAUUUGGUCAAGAAGGCAAUUGAGUCCGCGUGCAAGGAGUACAAGGAUAAUGUGAAGAAGGAUAUUUCGGCGACUAUUGAUGAGGCCAAUCCCCAAUCCGAAGGAUGGUGAGUUGUUUCGAUCGUAUAUUCAAGAGAAUAUAGGCUCGUGGUACCCUGAGCUAAUAUCUGUUAUAGUGCUGGUGGGCUGUCGAUUGUGGGUGGUGGUGGAAAGAUUGAUAUCGAUAAUACUUUUGAAGAGAGGCUUAAGUUGUUACAAGAGAAUGCCUUACCUGCGGUGCGAACCACUUUGUUUGGCAAGAACGAGAAUCGAAAGUUUUACGAUUAGGUCAUGCUCGGAUGAUGUUGGCACUUUUGGAAGCGGGGCAUAUUACAUAUUAUUGUACUGGAGUUCAUUAAAGCCGGUAGACGGUGUAAGAUAACGUUGAAGCACUGAGCUUCUUCAUCGGGCAUUGAACCUCAUUAAAUCGAGAAGCUAUUUAUGAACGGUCGGACGUUAUUUCGUCCCAUUAAAAUUAUUCCCUUUACCUCUCGCC